AUGAGCGAUGGAGGGUGGAUCUCGCUUAGCCCCACCGAGUUUGCCCAGCUCCAGCAGUACACGGACUACUCCACCAAGAAGCUCAAGGAUGUCCUGGAGGAGUUCCAUGGGGAUGGCGUCCUCUCGAGGUACAACCCUGAACAGCCCAUUGACUACGAGGGCUUUCGCCUCUUCAUGAAGACCUACCUGGAGGCAGAUGUGCCCGAAGAGCUUUGCCAACACCUCUUCACCUCCUUCAAGCGUAAGAUAUGCCAAGCCUCCCCUGAGACCCAGCACCAGAGCCCCGGUGUCUCGCAGCUCAACACCCUCGAGCCCAAGUCACUCGAUGCCGGCAUCUCCAUCCAGACCAAGGUGGCCUGCGCCCCUGUCACAGCAGGGAUCAACGGGAAAAUGCUCCUAAGUGCCCUGGGACGACACACUCCUGAGCCCAAGAGCUGCCACAGCAACGUGGCUGAGCCACAGCCAGCAUCCCUCACCCCAGCAUUGAUCCCCAACACCUCCCCCAGCUGGUCCAGGUCAUCCUCCCAGAAGUCCACCACUGGCACCCCUUCUGCUCACAACUCCUCGGGCUCUUCGAAGAUCUCUGGGUCCCUGCUCAGCCCUCAGUCACCAGGCCUGAGGAGCAUGGAGAAGAGGUUACCCUUCAGCCUGCGGAAGAGCCACAGCUCCCUGAAAGCUGCCCCCCUGCCGCCCCUUGCCCCCCUGGCCCAGGUGGUCCAUCUGAAGGACAUCGUUUGCUACCUGUCCCUGCUGGAGAGGGGACGGGCAGAGGACAAGCUGGAGUUUAUGUUUCGCCUCUACGAUACUGAUGGAAACGGCCUCCUAGACAGCUCGGAGCUGGAUCGUAUCAUUAACCAGAUGGUGCACGUGGCCGAGUACCUGGAGUGGGACUCCACCGAGCUGAAGCCCAUCUUGAAGGCGAUGAUGGAGGAGAUCGACUACAACCAUGACGGGACCGUGACGCUGGAGGAGUGGAUCCGGGGCGGCAUGACCACCAUCCCCUUGCUGGUCCUCCUGGGGAUGGAGACAAACGUGAAGGAUGACGGGCAGCAUGCCUGGAGGCUGAAGCACUUCAAGAAACCCGCCUACUGCAACUUCUGCCGCACCAUGCUGCUGGGGGUCCGCAAGCAGGGCCUUUGCUGCUCCUUCUGCAAGUACACUGUCCACGAGAGAUGCGUGUCCAAAGAUAUCGCCUCCUGCAUCAGCACCUACGUGAAAUCUAAGAGAAACAUGAGCGUGAUGCAGCACACCUGGAUCGAGGGCAAUUCCCCUGUGAAGUGUGACAGAUGCCACAAGAGCAUCAAGUGCUACCAGGGCAUCACAGGCCUGCACUGCGUCUGGUGCCAAGUCACUCUCCACAACAAAUGUGCCACCCACGUGAAGUCAGAGUGCGACGGGGGCCCGCUGCGGGACCACAUCUUGCUGCCUUCCUACAUCUGCCCUGUCGUCCUGGACAGGCAGUCCCACUGCUGGAGAUCGGAGAGCGACUCCCCUGCCAGCACCAGCCCCGAGGACAGCCAAGGCUUCAAGUUCAACUCCACCACGGUGGACGGGCAAGGUCUGCAGAUCAGCCCCCGGCCCGGGACACAUCCCCUCCUGGUGCUUGUGAACCCCAAGAGUGGAGGAAGGCAAGGGGAGCGGCUGAGCUUCUUUCGGGACACUCCAGAUUUCCGCGUCCUGGCCUGCGGAGGGGAUGGCACAGUGGGCUGGAUCCUAGACUGCAUAGACAAGGCGAACUUGGUGAAGCACCCGCCGGUGGCCAUCCUGCCCCUGGGAACAGGCAAUGACCUGGCCCGGUGCCUGCGCUGGGGAGGAGGCUAUGAAGGAGGCAAUCUGAUGAAGGUCCUAAAAGACAUCGAGCACAGCACGGAGGUGAUGCUGGACCGCUGGCAGAUAGACAUCAUUCCCAGUGACAGAGGCGCCAACGGAGACCCUGUCCCAUCCACCAUCAUCAAUAACUACUUCUCCAUUGGGGUGGAUGCCUCCAUUGCCCACCGCUUCCACAUCAUGCGAGAAAAGCACCCUGAGAAAUUCAACAGCAGGAUGAAGAACAAGCUGUGGUACUUCGAAUUCGGGACAUCGGAGACCUUUGCGGCCACCUGCAAGAAGCUCCACGACUACAUCGAGGUGGAGUGUGAUGGGACCCUGCUAGACCUGAGCAACACGUCCCUGGAGGGCAUCGCCGUUCUCAACAUCCCCAGCAUGUAUGGCGGCUCCAACCUCUGGGGUGAGACCAAGAAGCAGCGCGGUUACAACCGACUGGGGAAGAAAGCACCAGAGAAGCUGCACGCCAUGGUGGUCACUGACACCAAGGAGCUCAAGUUCUGCGUGCAGGACCUCAGCGACCACCUCCUGGAGGUGGUGGGGCUGGAGGGCGCGAUGGAGAUGGGGCAGAUCUAUACGGGGCUGAAGAGUGCUGGGAAGAGACUGGCCCAGUGUUCGUCCGUCACCAUCAGGACAUCCAAGCUGCUGCCCAUGCAGGUGGACGGGGAGCCCUGGAUGCAGCCGUCCUGCACCGUCAAAAUUACACAUAAAAGCCAAGUGCCAAUGCUGCUGGGCCCCCCCCAGAAGAGCAGCUUCUUUUUCCUGAAGAGGAGAAACCUAACUCGAGAUUAA